AUGUCUACUUCACAGACUAUUACCGGCCCAUCGCCAUCACGCGCCCAGCGUCCACUGCUGAAUGCAGCCACGCAACAGCUGGACGGCCCAGAUGUCAGCAUGCCGAUGGCUGUCGCUGGAACGUGCGACGAUGUGGGUUUGAGAGGUCAGCAUCCCAGACUUGCCAGCCAGAUCGCUAACAUCGAGCGCACAGGUGAGCUUGCCAGAUUGCGCGCUGCGAAUAUGGCACUAAUAGCCCGUAAUGGCGAAAUGCAGAGAGAGGUUGAGCAACUACAGGCAGACAAUCAGGCACUUCAACUCCGAUGCCUUCGAGCAGAAGCGGAACGGUACUCCGAUGCACGCGAUACUGUCAUCGAGGACGACAAGCUGUCCUCACAUCAAGACUCGGAGGCGACUGGAUCCGCUCAUCCAGCUACGCGGUGGCAGCUGCCUGCGACCGAAUCCACUAGCAGGUUAGGCACAGACGAUAUCCGAAGACUGAACAAGUGGCGCCAAGGUUCACAUGGCUCGAAGCCUCUGAGUAAAGGAGUGCGGAGAAAGCUCAACAGACGACGCCGUCAGGCUGAGGAGAGGUACGAUGCGAUCCAAUAUGACGCGAUACAGGACAAGGGAAGUGAUUCCAAUCACACGUGCUCCUGUCCACGUAAGCCCAUCACGACAGAAGAGAUAAGCCGAGAUCAAUCAAAGUGUGCCAUCGUGGCAGCCCAAAGCAUCCUUGGAGUGCCCGGCGGCAUACAUCCUGGCCAGAUCAUCGACGACUAUCCCGACCAAUUCAUCGACGAAGAGGGCAGGAUCAUGUUCUAUUCCCAAAAACUGGCACAUUGCCAGCUGUUCAGGCAUGUACGAUACGUAAAGAUGGCUGACAAUCGACAGGUUAAUACCGAGAACUCCUCGCUAGGCGGGUCGAGUUCUCGAAGCGAAGACUCCUCGCUAGGCGAGUUGAGUCUUCGUGACCGCUCCUUGUUGCAACAUCAGGGUAGCGCUCCCGCUUCCGGUGGGUUUCUUAAUUCUUUUCCGAUUGACGGCGCAUACGCGCGUGUCUCUCGUGGUGUUGACUCUUCGAGUGCUUGCCAAACACCCGCUGCGGCGGAUUCUUACGUUUCGACUUUUCCGGCAUCUGCGAAUGAUGCGGCAAGAGCCUUUGCGUCCAUGCAAGAGCUGGAUAACACGGUGCUCCUAUGCGAGCCAGGCCAGCGUCCUGGACUUCGCGGAAGGCCGAGUGUUGACCGACCGGCUGCAACGAACGAGCAGCUGCGGUCCGAGAUGCUCUCGCUCAAGCGUCGAAAGGCGGAACUUAGGUACAGAGAGGCAGAAUCUGAGUUUGCGAAGGCGCAGCUUGAGGAGAAGAAUUGGCAGCUCAUACUGGCAAACCGGCGGGCACAGCGGCAAAUUCCCGAGCACCAGCGGUGGAGGUUGUGGGAGAGGGCAUCUGUCAGUCGUGCCACCGAUCCUGGAAGAUACGAGCGGCCUGCUACUCAAGUCCAGGCCGCGCCUAUAGCAGCUGAUUCAGCUGGAGCGGCUAAUCGAGAGGCCUGGAAACAGCAGCGUGAGAUCAGUCCGUCCGACCCAUAUGGCAGGGUCCCUACAGACGAGCUUAGAAAACUGCGUCGGCCACGCCAGAACAACACUAGCAUGACAACUUCGCAGGAUAGUAUACGAGAUCGGCCUAACAGAGUCCCAGAGGAUAGGCCAAGCUCGCGCAGCACCCCUAUACGAUACGCAGGGGAAUCGCCUGGGCGUGAGCCAUCACCAGAUCAAGAACCCGGGCCAUCCAGGCGUCCGCUGCAGGGAUCGCAAAGCGUUGUCAACACCGCUGGCGACAUGUCUGACCAAUUGAAUCGGUCGGUGCGGGAAAGUUCCAUGAGGACGGCGCCGCGAUUUUCUGAGCGCAGUUCAGCCGCCAUGUCAGCCGAAGACGACGAGCCGGUUCGCCCUUGGCGCACAAUAUCGUAUGCCAGCCGGCGCAAAGCGAAACACAGACGGCAAUACUGGUCAUAG